AUGCCAGCUCCCGAUACGGCUCCAGUAACGAAGCAGCGGAUCUUGCGCCCUCUACAACCUGCACUCGGCCCAAAGCUGAGAGAAACAGUACUGCCGCCCCCGAGGAACAACAGGACGGGUCAGGCGGUAGCAGCUUGCAAAGAAUGUCGCAGGCAGAAAACCAAAUGCUCUGGAGAUCGCCCAGCUUGUCGACGCUGCGUCAGGCGAUGCGUUCCUUGCCAGUAUACCACGAACCCAGGAGAGAGGCACUCACAGGCCAUCAAGCGAAGUUAUAACACUUUGCAAAUCCGAGCAUCCGCGCAUGAGGAACUGUUUGAACUUUUGAGACAUCUACCAGACACCGAGGCUCAGGCCGUUUUGACAAAGAUCAGAGACGGAACGGAUGUGGCAACAAUUCUCAACCAUGUGAAGGCUGGGGAUGUCUUGCUACAGAUGGCUGUGUCGCCAGAGACUCGGUUUCGAUAUGAGUUCCCGUACAAAUCAGAGAUGCCAGAGGAAUACAUCCGGGGGAAUCCAUACCUGCAAUCGCUAAUUUUCGAGGCCACGUCCCUGUACGGGACAGACCAGUCCACGAGUCGCUCACCCCAAAUAAGCCCUUCCACGUCAUCCAAUUUGGGAAGCAGGGAAUACCAGAGCCCUUAUCUAAAACCAUUUCACGCAGCUCAAGUUAUUGAAUCUCGACUAUCCGACGCGAGAUUGUCGUCGUGGACCGCUGUCUGCAACGAUGAUGUUCUCAUGAGAGAGCUACUUAGUGUAUUCUUCCGCUGCGAAUACCACUUCACGGCAGCAUUCCAGAAAGAUUUGUUCCUGGAAGACAUGGCAUCAGGGCAGCAAGACUUUUGCUCUUCGCUGCUCGUCAACGUUAUGCUCGCCUAUGCUUGCGUCUGCUACCCCCGAUUCGUUAAUCGAGCAGAGUAUUGGAAUCCCGAUACCCUUGUCUACCGCUUUCUUGCGGAGGCCAAACGUCUAUGGGAGUUGGAAGCUAAAGAAGCGCGCAUCACCACAAUACAAGCUGGUGUGCUCUUCAAUGUCUUCCAUAACUUAUGCGGCUUAGACGAGAUUGGACAAGCGUACAGAGUCCAAGCCAUCGAUUUGGCUCUUCAAAUUAGGCUCUUCGACAAUAAGGUGGAGGUACAAGAUCCUCGACUACGGCAUGGUAGGGCUUUUACAGCCUGGGCGCUAUUUAACUGGGAAACACUUGUCGGCUUCUCAUUUCUGUUCCCUCCGUUGCUCAAAACGCCUCCAUCUUGGCCUCUUCCAGAUCCGUCUGAAGAUAUAGGCUUUUACGGUGAGGUGUGGGUUAUGUAUCCAUUGUCUGAAAGACUCUCGUCGUCUUCUUUUGGCCAAGUGUUCAAGGCAAGAAGCCAGUUUCGAAUUACCAUGAAUAAGUAUUGCCAAGCAGCCUUCUCGGAAGGCUCACAAGUAAAUCUUGAUGCUGCCAAUGAAUUCCGAUCGGAGUUGAGAUGUUGGUACGAUGGAUUACCAGCACCUCUUCAGCCAAAGACGAUUGUACUACCAGGACACCUACAACUUCACAUGUAUUAUCAUCACCUGAUACUUACAAUUUAUGAACCUCUGCUUGACGUGAAAACAGAGCGGGAACCAACGCCAACCCAAAUCGUCGCGGACGCCAUGAAGCAUCUCCAGACCCUCGUCCGACUGUAUUAUCUACGCCACGGAUUCGAAGCUAUGGAUCUUUUCAUAGUCAUACCUCUCAUGCUCGCAGGAUACGAAUGCAUCGAUGCCAUUGACGAGCAGACCUCCGGACCCAGGCUCGAGCUCCUGCGAUCCACCCUAAUCUUGAUCGCAAAGGGAUUGUAUCAUCAGCGUCGCAAUCAUUAUUUAGCUGAGGCGCUGUUUCGUGUUAUUCGGGGUCGAAUGCGGGCUGAGGAGCUUGCUCUGCUGAAAAACACAAUGCGGCUAGAUGAAGACGAAGAGGACGAGAGACGGGAAAUGGCACAAGCUGUGCGAAGCCACUGGCCUGUUAGUGUGGUUAGAAAGAAGGAGGAUAUGGAUUCUCAUAUUUUGAGAAACCUUGUGGAGACGUAUGCUCACUUGAAUGUAGAAGAAGGCUCUACGUGA